GGUGCAAGGGAAAUGAACAUGUCAUUCGUUAUCAGUGGCGGCGAAAUACAAGACACAAACCAUCAUUCGCCGCCAUGUUUUCCCCUGUGUGUCCACCCCCACCCGCCAACCGUAUCGACGUUGACCUCAACAUUGCUGAAGGAGUUUUCAAAUGUUUUCAACAAAACUUGGAGAACUUCACAGAUUUUACCGUCAACGUUGGCAACACCAAGUUCCAAUGCCACAAGUUUGUCUUAAGUUCCUGCUCUGGUUUCUUCGAGGCUCUCAUGAGGACAGAUAUGAAGGAAAAAUCUGAAUCAAGCUGUACCAUAGAGGGCAUCUCACCGGAAAUUUUUGGACUUAUACUCGAUUCUAUUUAUACAGGAAAUAAUGUUUUAAAUGUAGAAAACAUGUUUGAAAUUUGGCACGCGUCAAAUCAGCUUCAGAUCAAAUUUUUAGUUACGGCCUGCGAGGACUUCGUGAAGAUGAACAUUAAUGUGCACAACUUCUACAGAGCUUAUGAAGAGGCGAAACUGUUAGAUUCUCAUGAAGUUGUAUUAAAAGUCAAACAGUUAAUAGUGACCAAAUUUACCAGAAUUGCAAAUUCCAAUGUGUUCAUGCGCAUUACGGGGGAGGAUUUAGUAGACAUUUUUAAAUACAUCCGUUUUAUUGGGGUAGGAUCAGACUAUGCCGUGGAUUUAAUUUUAAGAUGGACGUGUUCAGAGGAUUCUUAUCUCACAUCUGAGCCGGAUAAAAGCGCGCCGCCUCAUACAGUUGAAGCGCUAACUGAUCUUCAAAACGCAGAAUGUCGAACGGCGAACGCUGGAACAUUUGGCGAGGAUGAUGUAGAACUACGCAGGUCUUACCUGGGACUCUUGCUUGCAGUAAUCCCACUCCAGGAAAUCAGCAACGAGUGCCUGACCAAACUAAUGAACAACCGAUUCGUCAUGGCAAAUUUAGAUGCCAUAUCAAUCGUCAACGAGAUCGCAGUGACCAGAGUUGGUUGCACAAAAACUAAUUCAAGUGACACCAAAGCCGAAAGUGUUAGAUCCGACUUUGACAUUAUUCUCGAGGGAAGUGGGUUCAUAUUAACUUUGCUAGUCAUUUCAGCAUUUUUCUGUAUUUUCUUAGCAAUUGUAUAUGAAAAAUUGAGUCGUAUGAGUUUGUACUAGACGGUCGAGUUUUAUCUCUAUGUUCACGCUUCCGUCUGCUUUGAAGCCAAAUCUUCUACUCCAUUAGACAGGGUCAGUACUGCAGUAUUUUAUUUUCACGCCAAGGAACAUUAAUGUCAUGUUUGUAAUACAACUUUGUUCGGAACUUAAUCAUACUUAAUAAAACAUAUCUUGAUGCUAA